UCCGCACAUCGUAUUCCCUCUUUCCUUCCUUGCCAUCCCACAGACCCUCUCAUUCCAUCGCCAUAAUGCCUGCUUACAUCCGAAGGACACAGCUUGGUUUCGCCGGUAUCACUCCUGAGCGAUUGAGGUUUUGGGGUACUAGCGCCGCCGUCUGGGGUGUCGCUGCCGGUGCCGCCGUUAGCUUCUACCUCUCUGAGGUCCCUAUUUUCCAAAAGGAUGUCUUGAUCAAGGUCCCUGUCGUCGGUUCUUAUUUCAAGGACACUACCCCCGACUCCGAUAAGCCUUUCUAAACUGGUGGAUCUUGGGUGUUGUGUAAUUGGGUAGUGCUGUAGACUGGGCAUAUCCUGCAUGAAAAGCUCAUAGAUCACGGCUGUUUGUGAUAAACAUGGGGUGCACGAGAUUGUACGAGGGUCUAGGAUUAUUAUUCUGUAUGCUUGUUCGCCAUCUUGUCGUGAUUCAAGCAUAAAGAGGGUGGAGUUGCAUACAUGGGAGCAAGUGCCACACGGAUAAACGCCGCUUAAAUCCGAGAUAGUUAAAUGAUCC